UCUGGCACGUUUCUCUCUCAGAAUGGUUGUAGUUCCGUAACCUGGAGCACACCCAGCGCCAUAAAAAGAUACCACACCUUUGCAUGAAGAUCCCAAUACUAAUGGAUAGACGCUGACGGAAGAGACCUGAGAGCAAACAUGUCUGGAAUAGCAGCGAAGCUUCAACGCAACCGUGCGCGAGCGGAGGGCAUCGGUACUAAUGCUCAAGCCGUAAAAUAUCUCGGACAAGAUUAUGAGGCGUUGAAACGCAGUUGUCUAGAGAGUGGACGAUUGUUUCAUGAUGAAACUUUUGAAGCCGUGACGUCCUCGUUAGGUUUCAAUGAGCUUGGUCCAAGUUCUUACAAAGUGCGUGGUGUUGAAUGGUUGAGACCGACGGAUUUGACAUCAAGCCCGCAGUUUAUUUCUCAAGGUGCUACCAGGACGGAUAUAUGUCAAGGGGCCCUUGGUGACUGUUGGCUUUUGGCAGCCAUUGCGUCUCUGACACUGAACCAGGAUGUACUUGCACGUGUGGUCCCUCCUGAACAAAGCUUUGAGGAGGACUAUGCAGGAAUUUUUCAUUUUCAGUUCUGGCAGUUUGGAGAAUGGGUGGACGUUGUCAUUGACGACCGGUUGCCCACCAGGGAUGGGGAGCUGCUGUUUGUUCACUCUGCAGAGGGUUCUGAGUUCUGGAGUGCUCUGCUGGAGAAGGCCUAUGCAAAACUGAAUGGUUGCUAUGAGGCCUUGUCCGGUGGCACCACCACUGAGGGUUUCGAGGACUUCACCGGAGGUAUUGCAGAGGUCCAUGAGCUGAGUAGACCCAGUCCACACCUCUUCAAAAUCAUUCAGAAAGCCUUACGCAGGGGCUCACUCCUGGGCUGCUCUAUCGAUAUUACAAGUUCAGCUGACUCUGAGGCUGUCACCUCACAGCAGCUGGUGAAAGGACAUGCCUACUCUGUUACAGGGGCAGAAGAGGUGGUAUACAGAGGAGAGUUGACCAAGUUGAUCCGAAUAAGAAAUCCAUGGGGUCAGGUGGAGUGGACUGGGCCAUGGAGCGAUCGGUCCUCACAGUGGCAGCAGAUCAGUGAUGAGGACAGAGACAGGCUUAGCCACAGGGCAGAAGAUGGAGAGUUCUGGAUGUCUUUCUCUGACUUCCUGAACCACUACUCCCGAGUUGAGAUCUGCAACCUCACCCCUGAUGCACUGUCUGACGACAGUUACAAGAAAUGGGCGCUGUCUAAGUUUGAUGGCAACUGGAGAAGAGGGUCUACGGCCGGGGGCUGCAGAAACUUCCCAAAUACAUUUUGGACAAACCCUCAGUUUGUGAUAAAACUGGAGGAGGAAGAUGAUGAUCCCAACGAUGAUGAAUCAGGUUGCAGUUUUGUGGUGGGCCUAAUUCAGAAGAACCGCCGUAAAAUGAGGAAGAUUGGCGAAGACAUGCAUACCAUUGGCUUUGCCAUUUACGAGGUUCCAGAUGAGUUCACCGGCCAGAGGAACGUUCACCUAAACCGUGAAUACUUCCUUCGGCAUGCUUCAAAAGCUCGAUCUGAGACCUUUAUCAACCUUCGGGAGGUGUGUAACCGCUUUUGUCUGCCUCCUGGCGAAUACCUCAUCGUGCCCUCUACCUUUGAGCCAAACAAGGACGGAGAUUUCUGCGUGAGAGUGUUCUCCGAAAAACAAGCCGAAUUCGAAGAACUUGAUGACCCUAUAGAGUCAAAAGUGGAGGAGGAAAUUGAAAUCUCUGAGGAUGACGUUGAUGACAGGUUUAGAUCUCUCUUUGGACAACUUGCAGGAGCAGAUUGUGAAAUUUCUGCCUUUGAGCUAAAAAAUAUCCUAAACAAAGUGGUGACUAAACGCAAAGAUAUCAAAACAGAUGGAUUUAGCCUUGAAACCUGUCGUAACAUGGUCAACCUUCUAGAUAAAGAUGGAAGUGGAAAGUUGGGCCUUAUUGAGUUCAAAGUUCUGUGGACCAAAAUUGAGACCUUCCUGAACAUCUACCGUCAGAGGGAUACAGACCAAUCAGGAACCAUGAGCUCCAGCGAGAUGCGUGUGGCAGUGGAGGACGCAGGAUUUUCGCUGAACAAUCCUUUACAUCAGGUUUUGGUGGCACGCUACAGUGAGCCCAAUCUCACCAUCGACUUUGACAACUUUGUGGGUUGUCUGGUGCGCCUGGAGUCCAUGUUUAAAACAUUCAAAACUAUGGACAAGGAUGAGUCAGGAGUAGUGGAGCUGAACCUCUUGGAGUGGCUGAAUUUUGCUCUGCUCUGAAGUGGAGCAGAAUGGACAUCCGACACACACCUUUCCUAAGCCGUCACACUAGUUUAUGCACAUCUCUUGCUUCAUUCAAAACAAUCACAACCGGGGCAUUAGAGGAAGAUCGCGUUUUAUAUCAGUUUUUACAAAGAUAUAACAAAAUAGUUUGAUGCAUGAAGGACGACGUCUCAGGUCUCUACUUUCAGCAGAUCAGUCGAUAUUUUUCACUCAGUGGCAAAUCCUCCUCAUGCUCUUUUCAUGGAGGGAGAGUGCGUCACGUCCUUUACCUCCACCUUUUGUAACUGAACAGCAGUAACAGUGUCACCAAGUACUGUAGUUGAAGACUUAUGCUGUGAAGGCCUGAAAAAACAUACU